AUGAAAUCUGUGGAUUUGGAAGCGGCCCAACUCUCCCUAUUGAGCCAACUCUACGAAAAGCCCUUCGCCCGUCAGUGGCAUUUGGUGAACACGAACGCGUCCAUUCUCAAGCACUUCGACACGGUCACGCUCGCCUUGGAAGCAGGCGACGCGGUUCUCAGCGACAAGGGGCUAACUAUGGCCAAGAUGAUGAACGAGCAACCGGAGGUGGCUGUAAUGGUCGCCGUUGGGGAUGGCGGAGGUAACAAUGGUUGCGGAGACGGCGAGGAGAGCACGAUCGGAUCUGCACCACGGAUGCCCACGGAACACGAAUUGUUCAUGCUGAUAGUGCGAAGUCCAGAGGAUAUCUUCCGCUUCUUCGAUCGCCAUCAAAGCUAUCACCCGCGCGCAGCUAUUUUGGUGCUGAUAGUCUGCGACUAUGACUCCACCGACCGACAGACGGAUCCUGAGAUAUAUCGGUCGCAACUCCAUAUCCUCUGGGUGUUCAAGCGUAUCUUAAACAUCUUUAUUGUCGACGAAUGUUCCACCACCGGCUCUCUUCUCUCCUACGACCCGUUCUCGCCCUCUGGAAAUGGGUCAGAGGGAGGCAGAAUCUACAAUAUCAGCGCGCAAGAGAUGCAGGAAACAGAUCCGUAUUUAAUGCGUGAUGUCCAUGAUUACCCGAAUACAAUGUCCUUAUAA